AUAAGUUAUAAGUAUUCUUUCGACGAGAGCGCAAAAGUUUAUGAGAACAGUAGUACAAUUGUAGUCAUAAAAGAUUUUGCUGUGACCGGUCUCUUUGGGUGGGGAAAAUCAAUAGGAAAACUGAGUUUAAAUUACAAGUAUGGAUCAUUAGUGUUUAGUUGAUGAAAUGCAUGGUGAUGUUUUUCAAUACUUUACUGCGUAUGUGAAUAAUGUAUCGACGCAUAUGAAAUCGUUAUCAUGACCCAUUCGAAAUGCGGUGCCUCUUGACACAUAGAAAAAUGUUACGGAACUUUGAGUGCGGCACGGUUAUCUUAAACAGCUGUGUUCAGUAAAAGGAAGAUGUUAAGAAAUUGUGUAAUUGAUGCUUCUUGACAUUUAACUUGAAAAACGAUACAUUAAGCUAUCCUUAAUAAUGACGAUAUUUCGAAAAGUUUUGCUAAUUUCUUUCACUUUCUGUAUUUUCCUACGAAUGAAUUAUGUUGAAACCACUCAUAUUUCGGGUACUUUUAAUACAAAGGAGUUUUUUCGUUUCCUCAUUAAAUUUGGCUUUCAAAAGACUGAUCGUCAUCGACAGAAAGAUUCGUACGGAUAUAUUUUUGGCAACGUAACAUCGAAAAGCAAUUUUUCUGCGCCAAUUACUUUGGCAGUUUUAGAUCGAGGUCAUUUUUUAGAAUACUAUGGUAAUCGUACACUAAACAACAAAAGUACUGCGUGUACUUUCAUGUUUAAUACCCUAAAUCAAACAUCUUAUGAUGUGCAUUGUAAUGAAGAAGGUCAAGACUUUUUAAGGAGAGUACCUUGUCCAAAGGGUAAGUUAUGUCCAGAUGAAGAUUCCAUAUGGAAUAUUGUAAAAGGAUAUCAAUUUACGUACGUCAUACAAGAUUUUUGGCAGCCAAGGUUUUGGUACAUGAGUUUAGUGGCAUGUUAUAGAAACACAACUACUUGUCAGUGGGAAUAUUAUGAUAAACAGGAUGAAUUAGAAUAUGAUAUUUGGCUAGUAAAUGGCAAUCCAAAUACUAGCGGCCUAAAUAGCCUGACGUAUCAGUUUUCAUACGAUAGACAGAAUACCAUAGAAUUAUACUUGUUAUUUUUUGUGUGUUAUAUUAUACUUGUGCCACUACAGUUAUAUGCAGUAAGAUUGCAAAAACAUCCUGUAACUAGAUUAUUCACUGCUAGUUUACUAUUAGAAUUUAUAGCAGUAUGUUUAAUCUUAACACAUGUAGUAAAAUUUGCCUUUGACGGAGUUGGCUAUGAACAAUUGGAAGUUGCUGGAGAUAUUUUUGAUAUUUUAUCCAGAACAUCAUUCAUGUUAUUGCUUCUCUUACUUGCCAAAGGAUGGGCUGUAACAAGAAUGGAACUGACAUGGAAGCCAUUGGUUUUUGCUAUAUGGCUUUGUUACGGAGUGGUCCACAUUCUACUAUAUGUUUGGAACAUGACAGAAGUUGAUAUCAUUGAAGAUAUUGACGAGUACCAGACAUGGCCAGGCUGGUUUAUACUUUUAUUUCGCAGUGCAAUUAUGAUUUGGUUUUUAUGCGAGCUUAGAAACACUAUGACAUAUGAACAUAAUACUCAAAAAUUGAAUUUUCUUCUUCAUUUUGGUGCAUCUUCAUUAGUUUGGUUUAUUUAUUUACCUAUUAUAGCGCUUAUUGCUCUUCAAGUAAGCGCAUUAUGGAGGUUUAAACUUCUGUUGGGCAUUACAUACUCUGCUGAUUGUUUUGCAUACUGUGUGAUGGCACAUUUACUUUGGCCAACACGAAGUGAACAAUACUUUUUACUUGCACAAGGAGCAGAUAACGGAGAUGAACUUGAUGAAUUUAACGAAGCACCACAUGUAUUAAAUAAUUACGUAGAACCUCCGGAACUUACAAAAAUAAUCACUUAAUACUAUGUUAAAAUACGAAAGGCAAAAGAUUAUACAUACGAAGAGUGAAAUUGAUAUUUGACUUGUGCUAUGUUUGCAAAACUAUAAAAUUUUAGGGUUAAUAAUACUCUAUUAUAUACUACUUGAGACUGAUAUAUUCUGCGCACUCUGUAAUUAGAAAUAUUAAUAAUCAAAUUUACAUAUGUGAUAGGAAGUCAAUAAUUAACUGAGAAAGAAAUAAAAUGGGUGAGUAUGAUAUGAGUAUCAUUGAAUAAUUGUUUUUUAAUUUAGAGAGAAAAUAAAUAUAUGAUUUUGUUGUACAAAUUGUUUAGAUUUAAAGAGAUACUGUUAAUGAAUAUAUAACUUUUAUCCUAUUGUACAUAAUAAUGAUAAUCAGCUGUUAGGUACUCGGCGUGUAAGGGAUUUUCUACAACAUAUAUAUUUACAGUAUUAUUACUGUAAUGUAAGUUUUUGAUUUUAGUUUACUCAUGUCAUACUCUUAAAUCAUAUGCACACAGCAUCAACAAUUGAUUUAACCCUUAACACCAUUUCCUUCACUGUUGAUUACGUGCGAAAAAGCGAGUAACUUAAUCGUAAAAUUGUAUUUAAGAAU